AAUUAACAUUCUUAAGCACAAUGCUUGAAACAUUUUCGUUUACAAAAGCAGCAUUUAUUCUUUGUAGUGCAUGAGGAGCGGACAAAUUUAGGCAUUUGAUGUCCUGCGGACGUCUGAUAAAGGACACACACCCACAGCAGUUGUCCUUGGGACUCACGCAGCUCAGAUAAGAAAAGCAGCAGAACCAACAGUAAGAAAUCCUCCCGGCUUUUACUUUCUCUUGCUCAGUCGCUACAAUGGGUGUGUGUGUGUCCCUGCCAGAACCGGUGAUGGCCGACCAGCCUCUCUCGCAGCCGGCCGACCAGCCGCUGACAAAGUUCCCCCACGCCGGCCUCCCCAGGAGGAAAGAAGCCCUGGGAGACGGCCUGCAGGCCCGGGGCCAGUGGGCGAGCAAGGCCGAGUUCCUCCUGGCGGUGGCCGGGCAAAUCAUCGGGCUGGGCAACGUUUGGAGGUUUCCCUACCUCUGCUAUAAAAACGGAGGAGGCGUGUUCUUUGUCCCCUACCUGCUGUUCCUGGUGCUGUGUGGCGUCCCCCUGUUCCUCCUGGAGACCUCACUGGGGCAGUUCACCAGCCUGGGAGGGGUCAGCGCCUGGAGGACCAUUUGCCCCUUAUUUGGAGGUCUCGGCUACGCCAGCCAGGUGAUGAUCCUACACGGCUGCGUCUACUACAUCGUCAUCCUGGCCUGGGCCCUCUUCUACCUGUUCUACAGCUUCCAGGCCGAGCUGCCGUGGUCGCACUGCAACAACACGUGGAACACGGACGCGUGCUUCUUGUUCGAUAAAUACAACCAGACUGCCAACAUGAGCAGCCUGCCUGUGAAUGCCACCUCACCGGUCAUGGAGUUCUGGGAACGGGAAGUGCUCCGCCUGUCGGGAUCUUUAGAUGAGCUGGGUCCGGUCAGCUGGAAGCUGGCUCUGUGUCUGGCCGUCGUCUGGCUCGUCUGCUACUUUUGUGUCUGGAAGGGCGUGAAGUCCACCGGAAAGGUGGUGUACCUGACGGCCACCUUCCCAUACAUCAUGCUGUUUGUGCUGCUGGUGCGCGGCGCCACGCUGCCUGGAGCCACCCAGGGCAUCAUUUACUACCUCAAACCCAACAUCACCCGCCUGGCUGACCCUCAGGUAUGGAUGGAUGCUGGUACCCAGAUAUUUUUCUCUUAUGGAAUCUGCUUGGGAAGUCUCACAGCCCUGGGCAGCUACAACAAAUACAACAAUGACUGCUAUAAGGACUCCUUCAUGCUGUGCCUCCUGAACAGCAGCACCAGCUUCCUGGCCGGUUUUGCCAUCUUCUCGGUUCUGGGCUUCAUGGCUGAAGAGCAAGGCGUUGACAUAGGCGCCGUGGCUCAGUCAGGACCCGGUCUUGCCUUCAUCGCCUACCCGAGAGCCGUCGCCUUGAUGCCCGUUCCUCAGCUCUGGGCCGUCUGCUUCUUCCUCAUGAUCAUCAUGCUGGGUCUCGACACGCAGUUUGUGAGCCUGGAGGCUCUCAUGACUUCGGUGACGGACCUGUACCCCCACGUGAUCCGGCGCGGAUACCGCAGAGAACUGCUGCUGCUGUUUGUGUGCAUCGUGUGCUUCCUGAUUGGGCUGGUCAUGGUCACGCCGGGUGGUCUCUAUGUGUUCCAGAUCUAUGACCACUUCUCCUGCAGUGGAGCCAGCUUGCUGCUUCUCUCCAUCUUCCAGUCUCUGGCCAUCGGCUGGGUCUACGGAGCCGAGCGUUUCAGUGGCAACAUCAGAGAUAUGACGGGCUACAGCCCCCUGCCUGUCUUCCAGCUGUGCUGGAAGUACCUGACUCCGGCCGUGUGCACUGCUACCUUUAUUUUCUCCCUGGUGCGUUGGUCUCCGCUGAGCCUGGGGAAAGGACUGGUGGCUCCGGUCUGGGCCACCACGCUCGGCUGGAUCCUGACCCUCUCCUCGGUCUCCCUGCUCCCCAUCUGGGCCGUGUAUGCGUUGGUCACCACUCCAGGAACCCUGCCGCAGCGCUUCCAUCGCCUUUGCACCCCCGCCGAGAAGUCGUCUAUGGCCUUCCAGCACCUCUCCACCAACGGCUCGGCGCUGACCUACAGCCCCGUGCUGCCUCUCAGCGGGACGCCGAAGCAGCAAAUCGUAGAACUCCUCCCAGAAAAGAAGACAUGACGAUAACGAACGCUUCGUGGCGCUGUACGCUGGCUCAGCCAAUCAAGUGUGCCGAAACAGAACAGCUGAUCACAACAGAAGACUUUAUUUCAAAAAACGUUAAAGGAGAAAUGUUAUAAUUUACCAAAGAAACUUCGGAGUCAACAGUUUGUAAGAAUUAUCAGAGCGUCUGACCCUAACUGGGAUAAAACUUGAUUGGCCGUUCAGAUCAGCCACGGUUCCUGUUCCUGCCCACCAGAGCUGGACUUUUCCAUACAAAAACAGCACACACUCCUGAAUCUUAACCGUUUUUGUCUCCGUACUUGCUAUUAAACGUUUUCAUCUAAUUUUACAGUUCAGUCACUGUACUUGAGGACCAUGUAACAACAACAACAACCCCUAGAGACGUUCCCUUUGUUUGGCAGCAACACACAGUCCUCAGCUACACUAUACUCUCUAUGAGAGACUCAGAGAGUGUUAGCAUGUCUGCUGAAAUGACUCCAUGAGUCAGACAUGUGAUGUCAGAUGAUUUAUCUGGAGAUUUCUUAAAUUUCUCAUCCAAACCAAGUGGAGUUGCGUCCACUAAAUGCCACUUUUGCCGCCGAGCUCUUAAGCUUGCUGCGAACACCUGAACGACAACCGAUCUGACUGAAACAUGCACUAGUUUGCGUUAGUGUUGCGUUUGCAAUAUUUCUUCAGAAACGCCCACUAAAAGACAAUCUUUUAGUGGGCUUCUCCAGAGUAGAAACUUUAGCACAUUUGUUUCAACUGUUGUAAGCAAUAAUUAAUAGAACAUAAGCUGGGCUAUGUAGUCAUAUUGAUUAAAAAUGAAAACAAGGAUGGCUGAAAUGCUUUCCUGAUUAUUCACUAGAUUAAAAUGAACAAUUAGUCAAACAGGUCAAUAUUUCAAAUUGAAAAGCCGCUAAAAGGAUAUGUCGUAAUAGAGUAUGUCUUCUUUGAAGGUCUCUGCAAACCUCGUUUAAAUUAGUUUUUAAAAAACUGCUGCUGCUUCAAAGAACAAAAAAAAUAACUAUACAAUAUUUUUUAAUGUCUUCACCAAAUGUUUAAGUUUUUUUUGUUAUGAUUGUUUCUUUUUGAGAUGUUUGCCUGUAUUGUUCGGUGUUUCAGUGAUAUCAGGUAAAUAAGGAGACUUAAAAUAGUAAUUGUAAAGAUGAAGGGGGCGAAGGGAAGGAAUAAAGUUACAGCUUGAACAUGCCUAUAAUUAUUAGCAUUAAAUUUCCAAGAGUGAAGUUUGCACAGUUUACAAUCCUCAAGAGUAAACUUUAAAAUGUUUUUUUUAUAAGAUAUUCUCUGGAGCUAAAAUAUUUGAAGAGAUUUGGUUCUUUUAUUUUCAGUUUUAUGGUUUUUACAAAAAUUUCAAUUGAAAUUUGAAAAAAAAGAAAAAAAACUAAUGUUGCGUGAACAGUGCAAAAAUUGAAGCUAAGUUCAUCUCAAGCUAAUCUCAAAAAAUUUUAUAGUUUUUUAUACUUUGCUGAAGUAAUAAUGAAUAAUGAAUGAAGAAUGUUUUCCUGUUAAAUUAUAUUGCAUACAUUUGUGAGAAUGUUCCACUUUCUCUCUUAAAAAUUCACACUUAAAUUCCUAUAAAUUCUGAAAACAUACUAUUGUGUAUUUUUUUUAACAGUCAUCUUCUAACCCUUCAAAGUCAACAUCAGCAUAAGACUUUUUAUUAUUAUUAAUGGCAGUGUCUCUCAACAGUGUGACAAAAAAAAUUAAACCAUUAGAAAUCAUUUUAUAACUAUGCACACAAACUUCAAAUUGAUCCUACUCAAUUUAACUGGCAAAACAAAUCUGGUAAAGGGAAAAUACAAAAACUAAUAUUUUUUUCCACCAGGUUGCAUAAGUUGUGCACACUCUGAAAAUAUUAAAACUUUGUAGAAGCAAAUUUUGAUUCAGUUUCAGAUUCUAAAUAUAUCAAAUUAUGCUACAUACAUCUGGACUCUGGUUCAGUUAUUCCAAACUGCUAGUAUGGUGUUUUUCUCUGGUGAUGUGCUUGAGUUUUUUUGUGCCAAACCUUACGUUUAGAUUCAUGCUUAAAACUUUGAUGUCAUUUUGACCCUUUGUGAUGUUUCUGAAAACAGCUAAAAGGUUGAAAAUGUCAGAAACAUCUUUUCUACAACUCCUAGAACACAAAAGCUGCUUCAAGAAGGUGCACAUUUAUCCACCGAGGCUAUUUCAGCUUUUAUUUUUUAUAUACGUUUCCCUUCAUUAGAUUUGUCCCCCUUUAACUGUUCAGGAUAUAUAACACAUCAUAAAUUGAAAAUGUUUGAAAUACACAGAAAUUCAACAGCGUUGUGUACACUUUUGAGAGACACCGUAUGUGACAGAAUGAGAACAUAAACAUGAAUUACUGAAACUAUUUCAUAUUUCUAUUGAAACUCUUUCAUAUUUUUGUUCUGUACUUUAAUGUCUGCCCUGAUACAAACAGCAAGUUGGGUUUUUUUGUUGUUGAUGUCAUUUCUCAUGUAAACGUACUGUAUGUAGGUUUGCACAGUCAGACGUGCUUUAAUAAUUCACUAUGGGUCUCCAGAUCAGCUUCCUGUACUGUAAGUCUGGGACAAAUUGUACUGUACACUAGGAUCGCUUGUUUACAUCUCUGAAAUCGAGUGGAGUAGACGCACUUCAUGACCGGGUGUGAUGUUUUGAACAUGUAAUCAAACUUAGAAAAAGCUGUUUUUAUAACCAAAUUUUUAUGUGCGUUAAGCCUUUGCAUCGACUCAUCCACUUGUUAUCAUCUGUGUUUACAGCUGUGCCUCUUUUCUUUUCUUCUGAAUCAAUAUAUGCACUGAUUGUGUAGAAAAGGGUC